AUGGAAGCAGCGGCGAAGAAGGUCCAACUGCUGGCCCAGCGCAUCCUGCCCGACCGACCGCAUCACCUCUCUGUGUCCCCCGACCAGCGCUUUCGCGUCCCGCCCGAUCAUAUCAAGUCCUUUGAGGAAUUCAAGCACCCGCGUCUGCAGUACAUGACGCUUCUGUCCGACGCUGACCGCGGUAUGCUGCUCACUCGUCCGUACUAUGAUAUGCGCGAGGAACCUCCGAACCCCACCGCCCACAAGGAGUCGAACACAAAGAUGGAGAAGAAGGCCGUGACCAAGUUGUCACUGAGUGACUAUAAGAAUAAGCAGAAGAAGGCGGCGGAUUCCCCUCCCGAAUCAAGGACGACCCCGAAGCCGGACACCUCGCGGAAGGAAAAGGAAGCGACCGACGGUCGAAUUGAACGAGAACCAAAGAAGAUGGACGCAUACAGGAGUCGCGAUUCCGAGGCAUCAAAAGACCUCAAAGCGCACAGGCCGCGUGAACAUACCCACGAUGAAAGGACGGGCAGACCUGAAACUAAGGCCAGGACAGCUCAAGAAAGCAAUGAUACACCAGAGAAGCGGAAACGGAACGCAGAUGCCGACAACGAGUUGCGCCCUCAGAAGCGAGCGAGACCCGAAGCUAGCACCCCGUUGGACGAACGAUUGCGAACACCCCGAGACGAUACCCCAAGGAGGAAAGAUGUUCAUUCAUCGCAUGAUAGGACGCCGCAGAAGGAUGGCAAACUGAGCACAAGCUUCUCGUCAUUACCCAAUGGACGAUCGGGUCUAAAGUCAGCGCUUGGUUCCGGGUCAAGCGCUAACAAAUCACCCGUAUCGCGUGCGCGAGGCGACUCCAUCAAUGGCAGCAGACCGACUCCAUCCGGGAGCAGAGCCAGGGCUGAACCUGCUUCGUCACGGUCAGCAGUCCCGCCUUUGCUGUCUCCUCUACACCUACCGAAUGAAUCCGAUUCCCGUCCCAAAGAAAAAAGGCGGGAUGACGUCGGCGAGCACAACAGACCGCUGAAAUCCCUAAAGUCAGAACCGCCGCCGCCUAUUAAGAGACCAAAAUCCCCCAUCGACCUUCCGGAACUACUCUCUCCAACGUUGCCCCCGAUAGUCGAGGAGGAGCUAGCCCGAAUGAAGAAGACCCCAACGAAAAGUUCUGCCUCGGGUCAAAGAAUAUAUCCUCCAGACUCUCCGACAACUAGCAAGAGAUCACAUAUCGUGGUCAAGGAAGAGGACGAAGAUCGGAAAGAACCAAAGGAAAAGGUCAAGGACAGACCGCGCAGGUUCAUGGUGACACUCAAGUACAGCAAGAAGUACAACAAGUCUGUGCAGAGACUACUAGCACUGCCGCCGAGGAAAGACGUCAAGAAAGAACGCUCAGUGAGUAUAGAGCCUCCAGCGCCACCUCAGGCGCGGAAGCGACCCAUCAGCAGUGCCGAACACAUUGGCGAUUCAAUUGCAGUGAAGCGGCCCAGGACUUCGGAUAUCACAAGUUCAUCGAAGCUGGUCACGCCUUCAACGCCUUCGAAGGCGGCCACAACGAUGUCCCGGGUGGCGUCGAGCAACUCGGUUAAUACCCCUGGAGACGGUAGCGGCCUUACCCCCGCUGCGCCGCCUUCGUCAGACCGUGACCGGCCACAAACGAGAGACGACAGCAGAGAGGCCGCAAAUCCGUCCAAGGUCCAGUCGCUGCGCGAUCGCUGGGGCCGGUACAUUAAGCUUGGUACCAAGUUAAAGCACGAGCGCGAUAUGCUCCUGGAGCGUAAGAACAGUGACCGCGGCGCUCCUAUAUCCGAUUCGGACAGCAAGCUCAGUAUGAUCUUGGGGUUGGAAACGGCGUUGGCAUUCAUGGUCGGCUUCAGGGCGCUGGUCGAGUCACGGCGAAUGGAAAACAAGGCGCAAGACCCCAAGCAAUGGGGUAGCAUUCUGCCAUUGCUCAACGUCAUGCGCCACGACGUACGGAAGAGUAAGCCGCUGGAAGCACUGUUUUGGCAGCUGCAGGGCGUAAUCCACGAGGAGCUCAUCAAGUGCUACUGGUCGCUGGACCCCGCCUCCCACGCAGUGCAUAUUAUCGGUGCGGAACGAGCCCGGUCGACUGUGUGGAAGUCGGCAUUUGACGCCGUCGAGCGCGUCGAGGCUUCGGCGAUGCGCACCAACAUGGGUCCGUGGACGAGCGUGGAGGAUGCCGUGGCGUCGGCGCUGAGGAUCAUGCGCCGGUGGACGCAAGAGGAAAACGUUUCGUGGCGCGCCGAGGUCACUGCAUCAGCCGCCAACGGAACAUCGUCAUAG